UUUUCCUCCGCUCUGCAAAUUGCCAUUUUACCAAUUUUCCAGCCAGCAAUUGAGUCUUGUGCUGCGUGAAAAGUGGUGCGUGAAACACUGCGUGAGCGUGCAUGCUGUAAUGUUCUGAGUGCGUGCGGUGUGUGAUUCACAAGUUGGGCGUGUGUGGAAAUAUGGAGCAGGCGAGUUGCGGGCCGUGUCGCGGGCAAAGCAGUGAGAAAAGUGCAAAAAAGUCCCCUUUGGCGCUGCGGCAGAUGUGAAAAUUGGCUUCACGCAGCUUUUCCACGAGGCAGCCGAGCAAUUUCACACCAAAAGCGAAGCGAAGGCACAAUAGGAAAGCCGUCCGUGUGUGUUGGUGAUUCUGCUGUGAAGACGACGACGACGACAGUGAGGCGCGCGCGAGGGAGUUCAAGGGGGAGGCGCAGAAAUAGCAAAAGAAUUGUAUAGACGAGAGAGACAACGUCAAAGUAUCUGGAAUCAUCCGGAAGUUGAAUUGUUGACAAACGGAGUGAUUCUUCAAUUGAGUUUGGCGAGAAAGACUGAAGCGUGUGCGACUGACACGACGAGGGAGAACAGAGAGAGAGACUUCAAUUUGAGUGUGCAAGGGGUAACAAUAAAAGGCCGCCAACCUGGAACUGAUGGAAUUAGAGAACAUUGUGGCCAAUACGGUCUAUUUGAAAGCCAGAGAAGGUGGCUCAGACAGCAACAAGGGGAAGAGUAAAAAAUGGCGAAAGAUCCUCCAAUUCCCACACAUAUCACAGUGUAUUCAACACAAGGCGAGAAUUGAUGUGAAUUACAAUUACGUCAUAGAUCAGCAGCCGAUUGGCCGAAUUCUCUUUCGAUCAUUCUGCGAGCACAAGCGGCCCCUCUACUUCAGAUACAUCGCAUUCUUGGACUCUGUAGUCAGAUAUGAAGUGGAGUACGAUGAGCACCGGACGGAAAUAGCGAAGGAGAUCGGGAAGCGCUUUCUCGGGAUUUGCGUGGAUGAGGAGGACAAUGAGGGCACACAGCCGACAGUGCCGCCGGCCACAGGAGCGGCGGACGGUGCGCCGGAGAUCGGCGAGUGCAAGAGUGUGCCCGAGGAGGAGGAACAGGUGCAAAUAGCGGUGGAACAGUCGCCAGAAAUCGAUGAUGAUGACACGCCAAAGGUGGUGGGGGACAAGGGGGAGUUGGUGCUGGAUGUCCUCAAUGUGGAUCUUAUUUCGUCCGUGCGAGAGAAGAUCAAUAGCGCCAGCAAGGAGCUGUUUGAGCCAUGCGUAACGGCCGUGAAGGCCUUCCUAGCCGGUGAACCGUUCAGGGAGUUUGAGAACUCCAUGUACUUCCACAGAUUUCUCCAGUGGAAGUGGCUCGAAGCACAGCCAGUCACAUAUAAAACCUUCCGGAUGUACCGUGUGCUGGGAAAAGGUGGAUUUGGCGAAGUGUGUGCAUGUCAAGUACGUGCAACUGGGAAGAUGUACGCAUGCAAGAAGCUGGAGAAGAAGCGAAUAAAGAAGCGCAAAGGUGAAAGUAUGGUGUUGAUUGAGAAGCAAAUUUUGCAGAAAAUCAAUUCGCGCUUUGUCGUCAAUCUGGCGUAUGCUUAUGAGACGAAGGAUGCCCUGUGUCUCGUGCUCACCAUUAUGAACGGUGGUGAUUUGAAGUUCCAUAUCUACAAUAUGGGCGGCGAGCCGGGAUUCGAGCUGACGCGGGCGCGCUUCUACGGUGCCGAGGUGGUGUGUGGCCUGGAGCAUCUCCAUCAGCAGGGCAUCGUGUAUCGCGACUGCAAGCCGGAGAACAUCCUGCUGGAUGAUCAUGGGCAUGUGAGGAUCUCAGACUUGGGUCUGGCCGUGGAGAUUCCCGAGGGGGAGAUGGUGAGGGGGCGCGUGGGAACGGUGGGCUACAUGGCGCCCGAGGUGAUAGACAACGACAAGUACGCUUUCUCGCCGGAUUGGUUCAGCUUUGGGUGCUUGCUGUAUGAGAUGAUCGAGGGGCAGGCUCCGUUUAGGGCGCGAAAGGAGAAAGUGAAGCGCGAAGAGGUCGAUAGGAGAGUUAAAGAGGACGCUGAAAAAUACUCGCAUAAAUUUAGUGAUGAUGCGAAAUCCUUAUGCCAACAAUUACUUAUGAAAUCUGUGAAGGCACGUCUCGGCUGCCGCAAUGGUCGAUAUGGUGCGCGUGAAGUGAAAUUGCAUCCCUUCUUCAACAUAAUCAACUGGAAGCGUCUGGAGGCGGGAAUGGUCGAUCCGCCUUUUGUGCCUGAUCCACAUGCUGUUUAUGCCAAAGAUGUGCUUGACAUUGAGCAAUUCUCAACGGUAAAGGGUGUGAAUAUUGAUGCAUCAGAUGAGAAUUUCUACACAAAAUUCAACACUGGCUCUGUGUCGAUUUCAUGGCAGAAUGAAAUGAUCGAGACGGAGUGCUUUAGGGAGUUGAAUGUCUUUGCACCAAAUGAGAAUCCAACGCCAGAUUUGCUCCUAAAUGCACCGCCCACAGUGGAGAAGUCCAGUUGUUUUCCGUUUAGGAGAAAGAAGAAGCAGCCACCGAGGACUCAGCCGAUUCCUAUACCGGAACACCUUCUCUUGCCUAGUCAGAGCUGAUAGCACAAUCGUCGUGUGGCGCUUAGAUGGAGGAAUUGUGAGAGAUCACGAGAGAGUUCAUCUGGUGUUGUGAAGAGAGAUGAAGAUGGUGGUGGCGUGACUGAGGGAAGAACUGGCUCAUUCGCCCGCCACCCACGGAUGCUCCAUUGGCUGACGGUGCAGAAGAAGAUGGUGGACAAGGGAGCGUGUGUGAGUUCCUUUGUCCGGACAUCCAUUUGUGUCACACCGACUCACAGCAACUCCUGGCAGCGCUCUUCCUCAUCCCAGUCAUCGUCCCUGACCCACGUCACCGCGGACACUGCAAUAUUGUUCAAUUCUAAAGUGUUUCCAGUACAAAAGGAAUUAAUUUACUGUUACUACUACUAUGAGACUAGUAUUUAAAAUGAAAAUGAAAAAAGAGAGGAAAGGAAAAUGAGGAAAGAGAUGAGAGCAAGAUGGAAUUGUGGAAAAUCUGCUGUGGUUCAGUGCACGUCUCCUUCAUUCGUCAAACAUCGCAUCUCUCAUUCAUCAUUCACUAUGACUGUUCAUUGUCAGUAAGAUUCUUUUAUAGGUUUUAUGUCUUAGGGUGUUUGUUUUUAAGUGGCUGACUAAGAUGUGUGUGGGAGGAGAAAUGGUGAAUUUUAUCGGAAUUGUCUUCUGAGUGUGAGUUUGUGACUCGAAGAGUCAAAUUUAGUCCAUAAAGAGAAUCGCAUUUCAAUGCAUUGUGUGAGAUUUCAAGAGGACAAAUUCGAUGAGACACUUUUUCGGAAAUUAGAUCUUUUUUUUUUUAGAUAGUAAAGUCAUUUCACACCUGUUGUUAGAUAUAUUUAGUGAAAUUAUUUGUAGAGAGAGAGAGAGUGAGAGAGUGAGUCUCAACAAGAGAGUGCUCGAAGACUUUACUGAGGAAAAAGUCACCAAGUUUUGUCAAAGAGAGAGAGUGAAAUGCGAAACGAAAGUGAGUGGAUUAUUAAAAAGGAAAUAAUAAUAAUGAUCCUCUGUAGGAAGAAUUUUGUCAAUAAUCUCACGUGAAAAGGCACAACAGAUAUUUCAUUCUGUAAAUAUAUAAAUAUAGCAAGUUCGAAUAAUUAAUUUCAUCUUAAAUUACGGCUUCUCUUGCGCUACAUACACACUAACAGUAUAAAAAGAAAAAUGCUGAGUGGCUGAUUUUGGGUGUUUGCACAAAAAUGGCUUUACAAACAAUGAAAACUGUAGAUAAAAUGCAAUAGAAUCACACACAAAACAAGCAACUUUUUGCCAAUAAUCUGUACUUUUGGGACGGUUGAUUACUUAAAGUAAAAUAAUGCAGUUGCUUUGACUUCAGCGUCUCGUGAUAAUUACACUUUGUCUCUUAUUGGAUUCUUUGAUAUUCUUUUCCCCCUUCGCAGUAUAUAAAGAAAACACACUGACAUAUAGAGUAAUUUGUGAGGGCAGAACGGUGGUGAAACUUACAUAACUAACACAAAACAAACACUGCAUUACUUAAGAUGAAAAAAAAGCGUCCUUAAGUUUCAUGAAAUGGCCACUGAUAGCUUCUAAGCAAAUGGACAUACUUAACAAUAGACGACGGUAUAAUUAGUGAGGAAGAACGUUAUUUAAGGAUCAUGCAUAAGGAAUAGAAAUCGCAUUGUAAAUCACUUUAAAAAAAAAACUACAUUGAUAACAAAUAUAUUUACAUUCCAUGAUACACUUAAAGAAGAAGAUGAAGAAGAAAAUGAAUACUAAAACUAAAAAAGAGAAAAAUUAUGUUAUAAAUAUGCAUAAAAAAAUCGCAAUAUGAAAUAUACAUUAAAAAAGAAAAAUGAAGAAAAAACCAUCUCGAAAGGAAUCUCAGAAAAUCUAUUUAGAUUUUAAAGAAAGAAAAAAUCCAUUCAACAUUAGAGAAUCUGCUAAAAAAAAAUCAUGAAGAGAAUCAAGAGUGAAACUUUUUGGACAACUAUUUUUUACUGUAGAGGAAAAUAGAGGAAAAAAAAACCAGCAAGAGAAAAUAUUUUAGAAAUCUCCUCUCGAUCUUCAUUCAUUUUUCUUAUCUUUUUUGCACAAAUAUUAUUAAUCCUUUUGACUGUCAGGCCAACACAAAAAUAAGGUGGAAAUAUAGCGUGAAAUUUACAAAUAUUUAAGGGGCAAAAGACAUGAAGAGUGAGUUUAUUUUAGUAGGACGAAUGAAACAACAUUUUGAUAACGAUUGUAUAAUUGGAAAAUAACGAUUAAUAAAAAAUAUUACUUUAUCGAAAAGAAACACACACACA